CGCCGGCGCCGCCUCUCGAAAUCUACUGGUGGUAAAGCACCCAGGAAACAACUGGCUACAAAAGCCGCUCGCAAGACUGCGCCCUCUACUGGAGGGGUGAAGAAACCUCAUCGUUACAGGCCUGGUACUGUGGCACUCCGUGAAAUCAGACGCUAUCAGAAAUCCACUGAACUUCUGAUCCGCAAACUCGCCUUCCAGCGUCUGGUGCGAGAAAUUGCUCAGGACUUCAAAACAGAUCUGCGCUUCCAGAGUGCAGCUAUUGCUGCUUUGCAGGAGGCAAGUGAGGCCUAUCUGGUUGGCCUUUUUGAAGAUACCAACCUGUGUGCUAUCCAUGCCAAACGUGUAACAAUUAUGCCAAAAGAUAUCCAGAUGGCAGAGAACGUGCUUAAGAGUCCACUAUGA